AUGACGCUGCUCUCUAUGAACUGGUUAAUUGCUCAGUGUAAAUUGAGGUCUAGAGGAAGACUAACAAUUAUUGUUAUCGACAGUGUUUCCGAAGACGACGCGUUUCGUCCUGAUGGACUUGGAACUGCCCAGAAACCUGAUGCACAGAUGCUCCGACUAGUGCAUCCGCCUCCACAGCUGAUAACAUCUUGCCCUAACCUUCUGGAAAUCUAUUGCGCCUGGAUUGUGGAACGCCUUUUGACCGAGGAUAACCGCCUGUGGCAUCCGGACGAGCAGGGAGAACUACCGCUCCUCGAGUCCUUCCAGUCUCACUGGGAAACCAAUGAGAUGAAUCAGGCAAUAGAGGAAGCGAGCGUUCUUCAUGAUCGUUUGGAAGUCGCUCUCAAGCUUCUACCGCCAUCUGAAGUUAUUUCGCGUUUUACUCCUUGUGUUUAUGAUGCUUUUUCCGUUGUUGGAUCCUCUUCUCAUCCUUCUUUAGUACAACAGUUAGUUUCCUCACAACAAUAUUCUAAUUCGUCCCAUCGUUCGAUAGUAGACGCUCCGUUGGGUGGACACACUCACUCGGAAGGUAUUGAGGAUAGUCCACCAGGUCCCAAUACAUCUACUUCGCUCGAUCCCCCAACCUCUGCAAGUACUGCUGGAGCUCCGCAGCAACUGCAGCCUGGGAACAAUACCCCUUCAACCAAUCCCCACGCUCUUAGUAUUCUUCCUUUAGCUCAAUCUCAACAACAAUCAGCCCCGGGAAACAACCUUUUAACUGGGAAUCUAAAUCAAUAUACCCUAUCCAACGCCGAACAACAUCUGAAGCUUCCGGCAUUCGAACUUCCGGAUUUUAGCGGUGAGCUUGACGCAUUUCCUGCAUUUUGGGAACUCUUUUCGGUUACGGUUCACAACAACACCAGUGUUCCGCCAGCCGUUAAGUUUUUAUAUCUAAAAACACAUUUGAAAGGCAAUGCAGCCAAUCUCAUCGCUAGCUUUAAACCCACCGCGGAAAACUACGAAGACGCAGUUCGCAUCAUCCUGAACACCUACAAUCGACCAGAAAUCCUACGAAGCAGACUCUGGGACAGUUUAAUCGAGAUGAGUAGUUCUUCAGAUUCAGUAAUCGCCCAAAGAUCGAAGCUGUGUUCCAUCAAAGCUACUUGGUUGCAGAUGAAGAAUCUGAAUGAAGACUCAGGAUCGACGGGAACUACUAAAAUCAUCCUCUCUAAGUUCCCUAAGCGCACACGGGAGAAAGUUGGUGAACUGAAGAAGAAGGGAGAUCCUAUUUGGACAGUGGAAGAAUUGUUGGAGGCCCUCGACACAGUCGUGCAACAGCUCGAAAUGAUAGAAGAUACUGAUCCAAUAAAAGAUCCUCCUUGUUCCAUCGCUUUUUCGAACCAUCCAAGUUCACAUUCUCCAAUCAGAUGCUCAGGGAGACCAAGAUCUCCAUCUCGCUACACGGAUUAUCAGCCAUCGUAUAGAACACCAUCUGGCAGAAGCCGUGUUAGCCCUUGUUCUUCACCUGAGCAGCGAAGUCCGCGCUCAUUAAGUCCCAGUUUUACCCGAUCCUCACGUCCAUCUGUGAGGCAACGUUACCAGUCUCCUGUAGAGCCUCUUUGUCCCUUUUGUCGUAGACGGGGGCACGCACCUGAAUACUGUACAGAGGUACAAACUCCGCAGGAACGCCGAGAUGUCGUCAGAGGUUUACGACUUUGUUGGAAAUGUUUGCGACCCGGUCAUUGGAGCGCAGAGUGUUCGGCUCCUCGAUGUCCUAGUUGCUCGCAAGAACAUCAUCCUUCUCUUUGCGUGCAAGGAAGGAUUUCGUUACGUCGUCGAAGUUCGCGUAGACAUUUCUACCAUAGUCGCAGUCCUCGUAGGAACGAGACGCCAAGACGUACUUAUGAAUAUCCAUCUCGAGAGUCGUCACGAGAAUCUCGUCCUUCAUACUGGUCAGACAGAAAUCGGAGUGAAUCGCCAGCGUCACCAUAUAGGCGAAGGAAAGGAUCACCAUAUCCGAGACGCGUGGAGUUCGCAGAACACCAUCGGAAUUCCUCUCCUACCACUCAGGAUUCUGUCCUUUCGUUCAAACAUCAUGAGACUACCGCAUCAGGCAGGAAUAUUGCUCGAUGCAGAGAUGAGCCUCGUUAUUCCACCUCAAGUUCGGUAAAGGGCCCAUUGCCGUCAUACUCAUCAAUGCAUCAACAACCACCACCUCAACAUAUUCCUCGUUUGAUGGUAAUCUCUAUCCCUACUGUGAGCCGUAUGACUGGCACUGAACAAUUCCUUACAGUCCUUUUGGAUAGCGGUUCUCAGUCCAGUUUCAUACGUGAAACCUUGGCUUUGGAAUUGGGUUUACCCUUUCGCUGUUGUAAGAACGUCACCACGAUCACUUUCGGAGGACAUCGGUCUUUAGAAGAUGCUGUACAAGUUGACCUUAUACUUAAGGAUCAGUAUGACGAAUCAGUCCUAAUUCAACCUUGGACUAUCGAUAACAUCACUACUGUUCCGUUCGAAGGAGACUUCAUGACAUUAGCUAUUCAAUAUUCAUUCGUAUUUGGCGAUAACCCACUGAGCUAUAUUACUAUGACUGAUCGCGAAGAUAUUCCGCCGUAUGCCCAAUCUGAGGGCAAGCAGAAGAAAGGCCAACUGAGUCGCCAACAGCAGGAUGUAUACGCGCAAUCGUCAACAACAGCGUCGAGUUGUGAAAGCCAUGAAGAGCCUAUCGCCGUCGUCACAUCGCAAUCUGUUCCAUCUGUUCUUGUCUCUUCUACCUAUACUCAUUCUCCUCUUUCGCACGCGCCUAAUAUUCCAUCAUCGUCUUUAGCGCAAUUUACCACCUCUAUCGCGUUAGACAGCGCGCAGUGCGCAGCGCAAGCAGCAUCUAAGUCACCCGUAAAGUUUACGCAUAAGCAAACGACCACUCAAACACCGGCGAGUCCUCCAUCAGGCGUAAAGUCCACCGUGUUAACAUCUAUGACGCCAGACGUCAAACGGAGGAUAAUGUCGCUCGCGCAAGAAGAAGCGCGUCGUAACCUCAUUUCAGCUUCUAACGAACUGGAAUUGAGAGAGAUCAUCGCGACAAUAGAGCGACAGCGGAGAGAAGCCCACGAAAGGUCAAACGCCGCAGGGAAAGACGUACCCCUCAAGGCGAAUCCUUAUGCGCAUUACUUUUUUCCAACAUUAACGGUUACUGAACAUGCUGCUUCUUACAUUAUACCGCAUACUGUAGAGGAAUUAACUGCGCAUCAAUUACGCGUAGUGUAUGAGUAUAUAGCGCGAACCAACUCCAUCAGGUCGCAGAUUCCAUCCUUGGUAGAAAACCCUCCGGAGGUAGAAAUGACUCCGGAAGUGGAACGAGAGCAGGUUGGACGAAUAGUCCACUAUUUGCGACAGCUGAAGAGCAUUUGUGAUUCCGCCAUUUUAGCGUUUCAGAAUGUAGGUACCUUAAUCGUUUGCAAGCCCGCGCAUCAAAUCCGCUAUACUGUUCUCAUGACUUGGAUCCAUGAGUUGCAACACUUCAUCACUGCAAUCACAGUUCAGCGCGAUUUGCUUCAAGAACUAAUGCUGCCUCGUUUUUUAAGUCCUGCAGGCGAUCAAGAUUAUAUGCGCGCCACGUUAGAAGUCUUCCACGUUACAGAGGACGUACUUCGAGAAGCGCUGAUGAGUUCAGCAGCCAUUUCGGCACAUGCUACUCGAUUAAUACGCACUCUGGAAGCGUUCCAGUUGAUGCACGUGCUGUAUCAUCAGCAUCGUUACACUACUCCGCUGGACGAAGACUAUCAACGUUUGCUUGUUCCACCUCAAACAAGUAACCUACCCACAACACCAGAAACGUAUACGCAAUCACUGCGUUGGUGGCAAUCCAAUUUCGAAAAGGCCCUGCGCACAACUGUGACUUCAGAAUACCUGCAAGUUGUAGAACGCGAAGGACCGCUUCUUCCGGAGGCAGUUAGGGAACAUGGUAGAUCAGCAACAAGUUCUGCUUCACCACCACCACCCGCGAGAUCCGAAUCGGUAGCGAAACCGUCCGUAGCAGUCACUGCUGCCUCGCAGGCUUUAACGCCAACUGAGCCCAGUGUGACUCAAGGCGUGACGAAGAAGCCCGCAGCCGCGCAAGAACAACCUAAGGCAACUAAGAACGCAGCGUUAUGGACGCCCACAGAAGACGUGUCAGCGCGUAGGUUAACAGCCGCGUCAUCUGUAGAUCCCUCAUUGGGUAAGGAAAGUACUUCCGAAUCCUCUGGGGACAGUAAUGCGACCGUAGCGCCUACCGCCUCUAGAGCGCCUAGUGUAGUGACUAAGCUCGCGAGAACUUCGGAUCCUACGUUAGCAGACUUUCGCCGUUCUAUUUCUUCUCAGAAGCCUCAUCAAGACAUCAGAGUAGCGACGGAAGCAGGUAAGAAAGAACAGCAGCCAAAUUCACCAUCGGCUAAGUCCACGGAGCCCUCAAAAGAAUCAGCCUUAUCUAAACAAAGUUCAUCCAUACCUCGUCCCUUACGCGCAAAACCUAGGUCCCCAUCCCCAUCCUCGUUCCGGGGGGAGGCUGGACUACCGUCCAAUCGUUCGCAUUUCGGCGAAGGCACUAGUCAGGAUGAACCGCAGUUUAGAGCCAGGGAAUCUCUGGACCGUGCUAGGGCACAUUCACGAGAUCCGCCCUCAGUCAGAUCAUGUAGUGUGCAUUCCGAACGCCAAAGUCCAUCACGCCGAGGACCAUGGCACAGACCACCUUGUGCAUUUUGUCUGGGUAAUACACAUUGGAGUGCGGAAUGCCCAAAUUAUAGGACUUUGUCGGAGCGAGUGUAUAUGGCAGAAGAUUAUCGCAUUUGUUCUAAUUGCCUUCGCGAUCACUUCGGUAAUUGCAUUCGUGUCGACAAUUGCGCUUACUGCCGUAUGCCUGGCCAUCAUCCGGCUUUCUGUGUUGAUAAUCCGUAUGUUGAGUCGGAUGUCGGCAUGCCCGCAAGGCAGUUCUAUCAAGAAAUCGCCAGACGGACUUACCAACGUCCACCUCCAGGUCGGAUUUGCAGAAGACCGCAUGAUUACCCGCGACGUCGAAGUUUUAGACAACCUUCUCGUUCGCCAUCAUCAUCCCCUUCGAGGGGAGGAUAUCGCUAUUAA